CUUUAAGUUUAGUUUUAUUAGAUUUUACUAUUAUAAUCAAAAUGCUUAAUAACAGGUAUGUCCAUCUGCCUGGAAAAGUAGACAAAAGUCAUCUGAGUGUGGCAAAGAGCAUGCUGAGGGGCUGGAGGGAGUAGCAAGAACAACCUCACCAGUUUUUCUUGGGUGGUAUGUCACCCAUUUGCCAUUAUACAGUAUAUCUCUCUGGGAUACAGCCAAGCCUCUCGAUAGUGGCCAUUCUAUGUCAGUUUCCACAGUAUGUGGUCAAAGCUCCAACUGUGCCCAUUGACUCAGAAAGAUUGGGUGCCCCUGGACAAAAGCAGAGCUUCGUUUGGAUCUGACUCACUGUAGCUGGGGGGUGGGGGGGAGGUGUUUCAGCUGGACAGGUACUGGUUUUCACCAAAAGGCAUGAUUAUAUCUUGUGCAUUACUUGUAUUCUAAGCCUAGCAAACAAACCAGCGAAUUACCCCACUCUUCUCCUUCAUGGUUGAUUUGUGGAGAUACGGUUUCACUUCCUGACUUUGCCUCAUUUCUGUCUCUCAGUAUUCUUGAGAGUAUCCUGUUUACAUGGAUAUCACAGAUGAGCCAUAUUCCUAUGCAUAUUGAUCGAGAUACAAACAAGGACUGGUUCUCUACGCAGCUUCAGGCGACAUGCAAUGUGAAUCAGUCUUUUUUCAACGACUGGGUAACAGGGCACCUGAAUUUUCAAAUUGAGCAUCAUCUCUUCCCUACGAUGCCUCGACACAACUUUCGGAAGGUGGCUCCUUUGGUGAAGGCCAUGUGUGCCAAGCAUGGUGUUGAAUACCAGUCAAAACCUCUCUUCACUGGCUUUGCUGACGUUGUGCAUUCCUUGAAGGUUGCGGGUGAAAUAUGGUACAAAGCGUAUCAUCACAAACAGGAAGUACAAAAUGCUAAAAUCUGCCUUCAAUGAGAGAAGAAGGGCGAAGAAGCACGAUGGACCUGAGACGGACCUGGCGUAGGCUUAUGGUGACGGAAACCUAAAGUGAUUUAUGUAUGAAACAGAAUGCUGCAGAGACUUUGGGCCUCAGCUCGACGUUUUGCAUGUUUCCUAAUGAGUAUAAGCAUUGGAAGCAGCACAUUUUUUCUUUUCUGCUUCUGGGUCUUGGAUGCAUCAUAAAUAAAGAUGUAGGAACGUUUCACAAAAGCUGGGUUUAUGAGAGCGCAGAGGGAGUGGCGUUUUUCAGCAUUUGCAGCAUGCCAACACGCCAGCUCUGCUUCACAGCCGUCAUCACGAUACAGCCAGGGGCGUGCCCAGCAGCAGAUGCCAGGUAUCCUCCUGGCGUGUAAGGCUCAUUAUACACAUAAGCUUGUUUGCGGGCUUUUUAAGAAAAAGAACGCCCAGCCAGAACUAGAAAAAAAUGGUAGAUUGGAAGUAAGAAAAGAAAAGAAAACAGUUAAGAAAAACCUAAAAUCAAGCGAAUCCCAAAAGUAGCGGCAGGGUGGAUUAAGAGUAAAUCACUAAGAGACCAAA